UGGGAAAAGGGCUCUACGAUACCUCACCCACAGAGAGAGGGAGAGAGAGAGAGAAUGGCAUCAGCUGUAAAUAUGGUGGGAGCACGGUUCUCUUACAGUCCGUUGGACGGACUGACGAAGCCAGGGAGAACGAGAAGCGGGAAAGGCCUGACCUAUCUUCGACCGACACGUGUCAUAAGAGCAGAAGCUAUCAAUCCAGCCAUCCGGAAGGAGGAAACGAAAGUCGUCGACUCUGUAGUCGUCACCGAGCUCUCUAAGCCUCUCACCGCCUAUUGCAGGUGUUGGAGGUCUGGGACAUUCCCUCUCUGCGACGGAAGCCAUGUGAAGCACAACAAAGAUACAGGAGAUAACGUCGGCCCUUUGCUAGUGAAGAAGUAACUCAUAGGCUUAUAUUUCCCUAUCUCUUCUUUGAAUGCAUUGCUCUGUUUUGUUUCCUGGCGGCUUCGUAAUGUGAUCAGACCUUUUUUUGUGUCAUGUCAUUGUCUAAAUAACAUACGUUGGUGAUGAUCUUUCCUUCUCA